CUCUCUCUUUCACCCAUUUUUGGUCGUUAUCGCUUUUCCCCUCCCCUUUUUUUUCCCGUCACCUGUUCGCAUAUCAAUUAAUCAGCCCUGAGUAAAUUGUACACCCACAUCUCAUCUUUACCUCUUUUUUUUUCUCAUUUAUAUCCACACCGUUCCAUGUACCCACAGCUUCUAUCGCGGAGACCAUGGUCUCGUCAAACGAUACAACAUCAAUCAUCGUCAUCAACAUCUCAACAGCAAAGCUACACUUUACUCAAACUGAAACGAUAUGCACAAAGUUAUUAUUGUUUUCAUCAUUACAACCAUUGCCUCAAUAGCAAAUAUUCAUCAAUAUCAAAACCACCCCCUUCCGUUUCAAUCCUCACUCUCCUGUUUCUUUUUGUAUCAAGUAUUCUCUCAACUGUUCAUGCAAGCAUAACCUGUGCACUCCCUGCCGGAUCAUCCUACAAAGCUGGAGAUUACAUUAUCCUGGAUUGGGGCUCAGAUGGAACAAAGCCUGCUGUGUCCGAUAUCACAGCCAUUAAUGGCACUCUCUAUUGUAAUGGAAACAAUCUCAAGAUCGCAGAGGUUUCGAUCCCGAAUCUAAUAGGCCCCUAUAACUGGACAGUACCUAGUGUAGGCAAUGCUACAACCGUCGGUGGGGAGAUGGGCACAUGCCCACAGAAUGCCUUCCAUAUGGAGUAUUCGGGUGAAGCUUAUGGAGUCCUGAGCAUUGUUAAACUCCCCUGGGGUCCUGUUCGAUGUGGUACCAUUACGAUUUUACCGGCCCCCAAUGGCACGCUAACAACGACCACGACCAUGUCUUCCACCGCCACCACAUCCUCAGCCGCUUCUACCUCAACUGAAUCUCCCAAUACUUCUGCAGGAGGAGGAGGAAGUGGCCUUUCGAUGACAGUCAUCGUAAUCAUUGCGGUGGUGGUAACAAUUAUUUUAACCUUGUCCGUGGUAGGAUUGAUCGUCUGUAUACGUAGACAUCGACGCCAACGUAGUCUGGAUGAUGCGCUCAAACCUUGGACUUCAGGCAACUCUAACCAAUUUUCCAAAGUCUCAUCCAUGGACGACGGGCCGCGUUCACCCGGUAUUGGCAUGGGUGAUACUGGAUCAGGACACGACGGUAUUGGAAUGAGCUCAAUUGCCGGAGCAGGAGCAGGAACAGGGGUAGGCAUAGGAGCAGGAAGGAUGUCUUCGACCUUGGGCUUUGAAUCUCAACCAAUGCUUCCUCAACCUAGUCGAGGGGGCUCUUACUAUCCUGAUGAUGGUGACUAUGGUCACUAUGGUAUUCAUCACCAACAACAACAGGAACUACUUCAGCAUAAUUAUCAUCCUCCUCCUCAACAACAACAGCAGCAACGACAAGGAUACGAUGGAUACAAUAAUGAGGAAGAAAACUACUACAACCCAUAUUAUGCGAGUGGCAUAGGAGGAUUCGGAGCUGGUGCUGCAACGUUUAUGAACCAAAGUAGCCCAUCGUUUUAUAAUAUGAACAAUAACUCUGGCAACGGUACACAGCACUAUAACUUGCAGCAACAUCAAGCACAUCUGUCUGGAUACUUUCCUCCUCCUCCUCCUCUUUCAGGGCCACCUGUUUCUUCAAGAAUGUCUGGUACAUCUGCUGAGGUAUCUGCGACGCCACCUGGAGUACCUGGACUAUCAGGAGCAUCAGAAGCGUCAGGGGCAUCAGGAACAUCGGAAGUCACGAGUAGUGAAACCGCUGUCCCUACAACCUCAAUUCUAACCUCUUUACCAACAAACUCAUCAAUCACAUCAUCGCCCAAACGUGCUCCACAAUCGAUGGUGAUGCAGGGAAUGGAACGGAAAGAAGCAAAAGAAGAAGCACAAGAUGAUAGUAUCAAAGUCCCCAUCAGUCCAACAGGCAAAGAAAAAGUAGAGAUUACACUCAUGUAGGACAGAAUAUUGAUGUGAAUCAUCUUUUAAUUUAAAACUAAUUAAUUAAAAUAAAAUAAAAUAAAAUAGAC